AUGGGAUCGAAGAAAAAUGUGAUUUGUCAGGAUGGAAAUGGUCAAAUUGUGAAGUGCAAUGGCAAACAGUAAGUUUUUGACUGUUAUUUCUCAAUUUGGAAGAAUUUCUAGACUAAAAAACUUUUAAAAAAAAACUUUUUUUUAUUUGUUUCUUGAUGAAAUUACAGUAAUCGUAAGGAUAUUUCAGAAGAAUAAGCCAAGUAAAUUACAAUUCAACCGCUAUUUUACUGAAAUUAUCGAAUUCCAAUCAUUUUUCGAUAUUCCCCAUGCCAGAUAGAGCCACCUAUUAUUACGACAAUAUAACCUCAAAAUUCGCAUUUAUUGAGGCGUCAGGUGAGUUCUUUACACUCUACAAAACACUUAAAAAAAUUUUUUGUAGUGCAGGAUUACUGUAUCAAAGAAGUUUUUCUUUCCAGACCGUUCCACGAUUUACCUGCAAAAGAACAAAAGGACCGUUAUUUAUGGCAAAAGAAUCUUCCAGCAAAACAUUGAUGGGCUCACUAAAUUAUGUUUGGACCGCCGUUGCAUUGAAGUUAAUCAAACCAAAGACCCGAUUACGGAUCAUGUUCAUCUACAGUACCUUGUGGAUAAAGAUAAAGCCUUGAUUCUGGUGAAGUAAGUAAAAUUAUUGUCGAUUAUGAUACCUUAAUCCUAGGAAAAAUGUAAAUGAGACCAUAAUCAAUAUGAUUCCACGUAAGAAUGACACCAAAACUGCCCCGUAAGUUGAAUUUUUGACAUCAUGGAAUGUUUAAAAAGCGACUUUCACAGUUUCUUUACAUACAUAUGUUUGGAAUACUCUCUUUUAGCUAUUACCAACGCCGCGGUCGUUUCCAUUGUCCAUCCGAAGUCACCUGUCUCCUGGAGAUCUUCUACGUCAUCAAACUCACAGAUCAAAUUUUAAUUCAACUAAUUUUCACAAUUUUUGUUCUUUUUUACCUCAUGGGAAACCGAAAACACCUCUUAUAA